AUGGCGCAGGCUGGCGGCUCAUACAACAACCCCUUGAAGAAAUUCAAGCUGGUGUUUCUAGGAGAGCAGAGUGUUGGCAAGACCUCUUUGAUCACACGAUUCAUGUACGACUCUUUCGACAACAUGUACCAAGCGACGAUUGGCAUUGAUUUCCUCUCCAAGACCAUGUACCUCGAGGACCGAACGGUGCGAUUGCAGCUAUGGGAUACCGCUGGACAAGAACGAUUCCGAAGUCUGAUUCCAUCCUAUAUCCGUGAUUCAAGCGUGGCCGUUGUUGUCUAUGAUAUCUCUAACGCCAAGUCGUUCCAAAACACCAAGAAGUGGAUUGAUGAUGUACGAGCCGAACGAGGUAACGAUGUUAUUAUUGUGUUGGUUGGCAACAAGACGGAUUUAAACGAAAAGCGAGAAGUCACUACACAGCAGGGCGAGGAAGAGGCCAAGAAGAACAACCUGAUGUUUGUCGAGACAAGCGCAAAGCUGGGUCACAACGUGAAGAAUCUAUUCAAGAGGAUAGCUCAAGCCCUGCCUGGUAUGGAGGGCAGCGACGCUGCUGCGCAAGCUUCAAACCAGAUGAUUGACGUCAAGACGAACAACACACAGCAAUCACAAGAGGGAUGCGCGUGCUAA